UAUAUCUAGAACAAAAGAUCAGUCCCUCACCUGUCGUAUCUCAGUCACCAAUUCGUCAGUAGUCAGAAGGAUGUUUCUUCUCGCAGUCUCUCUGUUGGUCGUCGCAGUCUCUGCACAAGUCCCCGUUCCCUGCUCCUCUCCUCCUCAAUGGGAGGGUCGUGAAGUCAGGGUUGAUCCCUCAAAGAAGUACGAAGAGAAACGAUUUCUGGUCUACGAUGAGCUGAAUCAGCGAGAAAGAGUGAUGGCGGAGGUAGAACUGAACUCAGACAAAGAAUUCUACGAUGCCCUGUUCUUACAUAAAGAGAAUAAAAUGUACAUCGUGGACCUUAAAACCAAGAAAUGUAACAUUUCUGCUAUCAACCGUCCAUUCCGCCCAAGGGGUGUUAUUCCAGGGUCAAAGUUCGACGGUGAGGUGGUGAUCGGGGCUGCUGGAAUUCCCACCGAGUCCGUCACUGUCAUCGCUUUCUCAGGAAACUUCUCAGGAGAUGCUUACACGGGACUGGUGUCUUCACCGGACUGUUUCCCGAUCACCAACUUCCAUUUCUCUCAAAAAUAUGGAUUUGAACAAUCACAAUACUAUGACGUCAAAAUAGGAAUAUCAGAUCCUCAACUCUUCUUACCCCCCAGCGAGUGUGUUACACCUCCACCCGGCUACUGAACACACUUCUAAUCACUGAUAUCAUUGUAAAAUAUCCAACCUACACUACAGCAAGAAAUACACAUAACAUUCAAGUAGAAAUAAACAACUUUAAACGUAUGUUUUUCUUCGUAUUGAAUUUAGAGUAGUUUAGGAAAGUGUGUUUGAAAUAAACAAUUUUAAAUUCA